UCUCUGUCUCUCUGUCUCUCUGUCUCUCUGUCUCUCUCUCUCUCCCUCUCUCUCUGUCUGUGUUUAGCAAUGCAGUUCAUCUGUCUGAUAUACAUAUAAAGCAUUUCUUCUUUCCACCUAUUCAGGAAAAUUCAAAUGUACCACUUCUGACAGUAUUACAGUUCAGCUUCCAGCUUUUCUAGCUUAAUGUAUUUCAGCUCUUAGCUUCUUCAGCUAACGCAGUUCAGCUUCCAACUCUGCCAGUUGUACAUUUCAUCUUCUAGGGUUUUCUGCAGUGCAAUGCAUUUGAGCUUUCAUAUUUUUAGGCAAGUAAUUUCACAUUUCUGCAUUUUCAGCAAUGCUUUGCAAUACAUUUCAGCUGUCAGCAUUCCCACGCAUUUUCAGCAGGAAAUGCAUUUUCUAGUUAGUUUGUGUUAUUGAGAGACUUUCCGAUCUGAACUAACUGACUGCAGCAGCAGUUGGGAUCUUCUAUAGCAGUAAUAUGUGUCAGUAUUAUUCAGUAUAUCAUCAUCUGCUUUGUGACCACAGACAGCAGGAAAAACACGACGAGGAAGCAGGAGACAACACUAAUAUCUAAAGAGAAACACAUCUGUCUAUCAGCACACCAACAGCUGGGUCUUAUCCCACUUCCUGCUUCAGUACCUGUCAAUCAAGCCAGCAGAUGGUUCCUGGUUCAGUCCAGUCUGGGUGGUUCCUCCCUCUCUCUGGUUUCUCCUCUCAGUCUCUCACCGUCUUUCAGGAGCUGAGGGUCUUCUUCAGAAUGCAGCUCUUCAUCGCCCCCCUCCUCCUCUUCUUCCUCCUGUCCUCCCACGUUGCCACGGUUACGGCGUGGGCCGGUUGCCAACGCGGCAAGGACAAGGACGACCGGACAAAGGAGAACUGCACGGCGCUCGGCUUCAGCGACGUCCCGAGGGGAUUCGAAACCUCGACCAAGGUUAUGUUGUUUCCCAACAACCUGUUCUCCAGUCUGUCCUGGUCCUCCUUCCAGAUCUUCAUAAACAUCUAUGAGCUCGACCUCACAGGCAACAAGAUUCCAGAGGUGACCUCCAGCGUUACUCCGAUCCUGCCCACCCUCUGUGUCCUCCGGCUGGGGUCGAACCGUCUGACGUCCCUCUCCGACGGAUCCUUCUCUGCCUGUCCCGCUCUGACUGAACUCUACCUGGACAACAACGCCUUGGACUCUCUGAGCGACCGCACCUUCUCUGGACUCAGCAAGCUGGAGAUCCUGGACUUGUCGUCCAAUCGUAUCAAGGUGCUUCCAAGCUCAUGCUCCACCCCCUCCCUGCCAUAGAGACCCUCUACCUGGAGAACAACACGGUGGGAGAACACACACCACAGAACAGUUACUUCACUCACCGAUGAUCAAGGUGAUGCCAGAUGAUUGGUUCAGCCAGAAGGAGGAGGUGCCGUACCUCUUCCUCUCAGCCAAUCCCUGGGAGUGCUCCUGCUCCAUCUUUUACUUCCUCAGAUACCUUGACGAAUUCGAUUUCAACGUCUACGUCCGCAAUGGCCCAAUCAUCAAGACAGAUGUGAAGAAAGUGGUGUGUGACUCUCCACCGUUCCAUCAGGGUAAACCUCUAAUUGAACUGGAAGAAGACGAUCUGUGUUCAACUGAGGAAGAAUAUGAUCCGAUCGGACCUACUACUACUGUUCCUAUUCUUACCCCUGUUCCUACUACUCCUAUUACUACUACUGCUCCUACUCCUACUACUGCCACUUCAACUGCUACACCAGCGUUCGUAGUAGAAUCCAGCACUGAGCACCACAGAGUAGUCACACGGUACCAAACCUUCACCAGAUCAGGGUCCAGAGGUGAUGGACCGUUGGUUAGGUUGCAUACCGAGGCCCCCCGUCCCCCUCUUCCUACUGUCAGACCCUCAACUGAAAGUCCUGCUAACAUGCUAACAGCUACACCAACAAAACCUAGAUCUGCUCCUUCAACCGUAACAUCGACAACACCGAAACAACGGGUAGUCACAACAACCGCCACCACUAAGGCAACCAUCACUAAGGCAACCACCAUUGAGGCAACCACCACUAAGGCAACCACCAUUAAGGCAACCACCGCUAAGGCAACCACCACGACGGCCCCUUCGCGGGCUGUCAGAGGUGCGGGGGUGUUCUGUUUUUGGCUUGAUAUUUUAUUGUCUUCUUCUAAUCGUCUGUUUAGUUUUGGAGGUUUGAGGGGUGGGUGGGGGCGUUGCCAUGGUAACCACACUCUGUAGAAUCCCCGGAACAUUCUAGAACUGACUGCCCCCCCCCCCUCUGCUCCACCAACCACAGCCUCAUAACUUUGUGACAUCACAGCAUGAUGUCACUGUGUCAGGACUCUGGAGAACAGACAUGAUGACAUCAUGAUGACAUCAUGGCCCAGCCCUCCUGCUAUUGGCUCACAGCCCCUUCACACCUGUCUCUGUGUCUGUUGUUGGGUUGUUGUGUCUGUUGUUGUUGUUUUUGUUGCAUCAGGAACCAAUCUCAGGCUCUACCUGCAGACAACAUGAUGGCAAUAAACUGUCAAUAAGAAUGAAA